AUGAUUCACAUUACUCUGUCCCUCGCCAUUGGUCUUGUCGUUACCCAGGCUCGGCCCCAGAUUGCCGGUAUCCCUUCUAUCGUUCCUCGGAUCUCAGGUCAGCUUCCAUCCACGAUAGUGACCGGGGUGCCGAAAGCUACGAUUGCAUCUUCGCCAAAUCUGCAGCUCACCAUCCCCACUAUCGUUGCACUCACUGACAAGGCAGCCAUCGCCUCCUUACUGAAACAACCGGCCAACUCUGGUCUUCCACAACUUUCCAGUGCGCUCAGAGUACUGUCCAAUGGAUACGUCUCGGCCUUGCCAACAAUCCCUCAAUCGAUUCCUGUGCCAAGUAUCGUCCCGGCAACUGGCAUUGCACUGCCAUCCGACAGUAUACCCGCCAUAACGGACCUAGCUCUGCCGUCUUUGAGCGCUCCAUCAGCAACACCGCCAGCAAUAAUCGGAAUCCUCCAGGAAAUCGGCAACGAUGUCUUCCUAGGCCUCGCUGGAGAUCUCAGUAGUCUUCUCAGUGUCAUUUCCACCGCCGUCGCGAGUCCGACCGCAGCUCCGGGACUGAUCUCUAUAUCGGCUCCGCCUUUGUCUGAUCUGGUACGACCUACAACUGGAGUGUCAGAAGCAAUCCCAACGGCCGUGAAACGAGAUGCCGAGGCCGAGCCUCAAAUCCUCGGAGCACUUCUCUCGGCUUUGCUUCCGCAAGCGGGUAACCCUCAGCCUGCACUGCCAACUCCUCCGGUUCCUUUGAUAUCCGGCUUGAGCAUCCCAUCCAUUCAAACAGGGCUGGCUCUCCCAUCCAUUAUAUCCUUGCCAUCAACUUUACCAUCCAGCCCUGUCUCGAUCAAGGAUCUCGGCUCCGUGGUACUGAAUAUCGUCAAAGACAUCCCAACUCUCCUCACCACAGUUCUAGCCGAGAUAACUCCCGAUCUCGCCAAUCUGACACCSCAACAAACAUCCGAAGCAGAAACUGCACUCGCUUUCCUCAACCUCCUCUCUCUCCUCGACCCAAUCACUUUCAGGGGAUUCUCCCAGCUCACAGACCUUGCUGCCGUGCACACCUUUGCAGAAGAGCUCCCACCCUUGGACUUCCUGACUGUGGUGGAGGCGCUCGGAUGGAGACGUUUGUUCUUCAGCACGUCGCUGGAUCCUCUGUUGAAGGAUCCUGUUAAGUUCUUGGGUGAGAUCGGGGAGUUGCAGCCGAUUGUGGAGAAUUUACCKGCUGCGGUCAGUUUUUUGGUGCUGCAGCAACUGGGCGUGGCGGAUGUUUUGGGGUCGUUGGGGCUGGAUGUGCCGGAUGUGUGA